AUGUAAAAGUUGGCAACUGGUUGUUGAUAGGCUUCUGCUCGGACUCGGAGCUGGUGGUACCCUAGCCAGUGCCAACCGGUGUCUCCUUUGUACCGUCCAAAACUAGUAAGGAAUCUCUGCCGGUCAUCUUUGUGCUUCUAGAGGACUUCACAUCCUUUAUACACCAAAUGGCUUUUGUUAAUCAUAUCGCUAAAAGAGCAUUUUCGAAGUCAGCUACGAUGUCCGCAAUCAAAAAUGUCACCGUCAUCGGCAGUGGUCUUAUGGGAGCCGGGAUCGCUCAGGUUGCUGCACAAACGGGGCACACUGUUACAAUGGUUGACAUUGAUGGAGAAGCUGUGAAAAAAGCUGAACAGAGAAUUAAGACUUCAAUUCAGCGUGUAGCAAAAAAGAAGUUUGGGGGAGAAGGGCCAGAUGCUGAAAAGUUUAUUUCAGAUGCAAUACAACGAUUGGGUACUUCAACGGAUGCAGUUGCUUCUGUAACUGCAGCAGACCUGGUUGUAGAAGCUAUUGUUGAAAACCUGGAUGUGAAAAAGAAGUUAUUUUCCCAACUUGAUGCUGCAGCACCAGAGCACACUAUAUUUGCUUCGAAUACAUCAUCUCUGCCGAUUUCCAAGAUUGCUGAAGCAACCAAUCGAAAAGAUAGGUUUGGUGGACUUCAUUUUUUCAACCCUGUGCCUGUAAUGAAGCUGCUUGAGGUUGUACGUAUUCCUGAGACUUCACAAGCAACGUAUGAGGCUAUGGUUGCAUGGGGAAAGGGUAUGGGAAAAGUCACAGUUGAAUGCAAAGAUACUCCAGGAUUCAUUGUUAACAGACUGCUGGUGCCUUAUAUGUUUGAAGCAGUCAGGCUGGUUGAGAGAGGAGAUGCUAGUCCACGUGAUAUUGAUACAGCUAUGAAGCUUGGUGCUGGUUAUCCCAUGGGGCCAUUUGAACUUAUGGACUAUGUUGGCCUGGAUACAGGAAAGUUUAUUGUUGAUGGUUGGGCAAAGGCAUACCCUGACAACCCACUUUUCCAGCCAUCCGAAUUGAUAAACAAGUUGGUUUCUGAAGGCAAACUAGGAGUUAAGUCUGGUGAAGGAUUCUAUUCAUAUAAGAAGUAAAUAUGAAAGUAGAAUUUUUUAAGGGAUAAGGGUAAAACUCAUAAUAGCAGUGGUAGGAACAUGAACAUUUCAAGGAAAGGCAUAUUGAGUUGAAAUCAUCCUGCCUGCCUUUCUCACUAGUAAAGUAUCAUUUUGAAUGUAUUAUAGUACAUAGGACCCGGGAAACUUUACAGCAGCUGUAUGUUUUGCCUGAAACCUGUAUGCACAUCAAUGCAAUAUACUAUUAAGUAAUAGUUAAUAGUAUUAAGAAUCUUUAUUUUGUAUAAAUUAAUCUGGUUUGUUAACAUCUUGUACUUUUACAUCAUAAAUAAUUGAAUUUU